AAGCUGGGCUGGAAGCGGCUGAGGAAUGGACAACCAGACUGUUCUGGCUGUGCAGUCAUUGCUGGAUGGCCAAGGAGCAGUCCCUGAUCCAACAGGCCAGAGUGUCAACGCACCCCCCGCCAUGCAGCCAUUGGAUGACGAGGAUGUCUUCCUCUGUGGGAAGUGUAAGAAGCAGUUCAACUCACUGCCAGCUUUCAUGACCCACAAGCGGGAACAGUGCCAGGGCAGUGCCCCUGCCCUGGCCACGGUCUCACUGGCCACCAACAGCAUCUACACACCUUCAGCAGCACCUGCUGCAGUCCAGCAGGCCCCACCUCCUGCCAAUCGCCAGAUCUCCACGUAUAUCACAGUGCCCCCGUCCCCACUGAUCCAGACCCUGGUGCAGGGGAACAUCCUGGUGAGCGACGAUGUGCUUAUGUCUGCCAUGUCGGCCUUCACAUCCCUGGACCAGCCCAUGCCCCCGGCCCCGCCCCCCGUGCAGAGCAGCCUGAACAUGCAUUCAGUGCCCAACUACCUCACCCAGCCUCCGCCCUCUCCACCUCCCCAGCCUCCUCCCCCUCCCCCUCAGAGCCUGGGGCCCACCAGGCGCCCCAACCCUGGUGGGAAUGGCGUGGUGGAAGUGUACAGUGCCAGUGUGCCCCUGGCUGGGAGUGGAACGGUGGAGAUCCAGGCACUGGGGAUGCAGCCCUACCCACCCCUGGAGGUGCCCAGCCAGUGUGUGGAGGCCCCUGUGUACCCCACGCCCCCCGUGUACAGCCCCGGCAAGCAGGGAUUCAAACCGAAAGGACCAAACCCUGCUGCCCCUCUCUCCAGUGCCACUGCGGGCACGGUGGGCACCUUUGAACCCCCACCGACGCUGAAGACCCGACGGGCUAAAGGAGCCGGUGGACUCCCGGAAGUUGCAGGGAAGCCAAAGGCUCAGAAGCUCAAGUGCUCCUACUGUGACAAGUCUUUCACAAAGAACUUUGACCUGCAGCAGCACAUCCGGAGCCACACUGGGGAGAAGCCCUUCCAGUGCAUCGCGUGUGGCCGCGCCUUCGCACAGAAGUCCAACGUCAAGAAACACAUGCAGACACACAAGGUGUGGCCUCCAGGGCGCAGUGGCAGCACUGUUUCUCGCAACUCUGUGACGGUACAGGUCAUGGCCUUGAACCCCAGCAGACAAGAGGAUGAAGAAAACACAGGGCUGGGCCAGACCCUGGCAGGUGCGCCACAGCCCCAGGCUUUGCCCACAGCAGGUGAGGACGAAGGAGACAAGAUGGAGCCCAAGCAGGUGGUACUCAUUGACAGCUCCUACCUGUGCCAGUUCUGCCCCAACAAGUUCAGCACCUACUUCCAGCUCAAGUCCCAUAUGACCCAGCAUAAGAAUGAGCAGGUGUACAAGUGCGUGGUCAAGAGCUGUGCCCAGACCUUUCCCAAGCUCGACACAUUUCUGGAGCACAUCAAGAGCCACCAGGAGGAGCUGAGUUAUCGCUGUCACCUCUGCGGCAAGGACUUCCCCUCGCUGUACGACCUGGGUGUGCACCAGUACUCCCACAGCUGGCUGCCGCAACACAGCCCCAAGAAGGACAGUGCUGUCUACAAGUGUGUCAAAUGUGUCAACAAAUACUCCACGCCUGAGGCCCUGGAGCACCACCUGCAGACAGCCACCCACAACUUCCCCUGCCCGCACUGCCAGAAGGUGUUUCCUUGUGAACGCUACCUGCGGCGUCACCUGCCCACCCAUGGCAGCGGGGGGAGGUUCAAGUGCCAGGUGUGCAAGAAGUUCUUCCGGCGUGAGCACUACCUCAAACUGCAUGCCCACAUCCACUCAGGCGAGAAGCCAUACAAAUGCUCGGUAUGCGAGUCUGCGUUCAACCGCAAGGACAAAUUGAAGAGACACAUGCUGAUCCACGAGCCUUUCAAGAAGUACAAAUGCCCCUUCUCGACACACACAGGCUGCAGUAAGGAGUUUAACCGGCCAGACAAGCUGAAGGCUCACAUCCUGUCCCACUCUGGAAUGAAACUCCACAAGUGCACACUAUGCAGCAAGUCCUUCAGCCGCCGCGCCCAUCUGGCUGAGCACGAGCGUGCCCACACAGGCAACUACAAGUUCCGCUGUGCGGGCUGUGCCAAGGGCUUUUCCCGCCACAAAUACCUCAAGGAUCACCGCUGCCGCCUCGGCCCCCAGAAGGACAAGGACCUGCAGACCCGGAGGCCCCCCCGGAGAAGGGCAACUCCCCGCAGUGGCGGCAGCAGUGGGGGGCACAAGGUGGUGACCCCCUUGCCUGACCCACUGGGGCUGGAGGAGCUGAAGGAUUCAGGGGCCAGCCCGGUGCCCGAGGCCACCCCAGGCAAGCCACCCUUUGCGGAGCCCGAUGCCGUGCUGUCCAUUGUUGUGGGCGGCACAGUGGGCGGUGACCCAGAGCUGGUGGUGCCCGGGCAUGCUGAGGGGCUAGCCUCCAACCUGGCAUUGGCUGAGCUGCAGGCCGGGGCCGAGGGCCCAUGCGCCAUGCUCGCGGUGCCUGUUUACAUCCAGGCCUCUGAGUGAGGCAAACUCGGCUGUGGAGUUCACUUCCAAACAACCAAUGCUCUUGCUUGGAUCUGGCUCCUGGGGCCAGCCAGGGACCCUUCCCAGUGCGAGUGAGCCACUGGCACAAGUUUCUGGGAUGCCAUCCCUAAGCCCUGGCCUGUGGCUGCCCUUCCGUGUCCCUGUUCUCCGGGAUGUCCUGCAGCAUCCUAGGAUUGGGGCGGGGCCAUCAGCAGCUCUUGGGCAGCAAUAGCAAGAGCGAUGGCCAGAGCCUGAGCAGCCCAGCUGGUGGUCAGAUCAACUGAAGGAGAAGACAGGAUGGUCUCACUCACCCCUCCUGCAGGCAGCCUGAGUGGCCUCCAGUCAAGCUGUUCUUCUGGAGGCUGGAUAUGAACAGAGUCCUUAUCUGUCGGAUCUUCAUUUGGGUUCCUCACUGCUUCCAUAGACAACUCUGUGAGGUCAGCAUCUAGGAGGCACUCAAGAAGUAUGGUUAGGGAAAGCUAGGAGCCGGAUCUGGCUUCAAAUCCUGGUUGCUAUGUACUUGCUGUGUGACCCUAGGCAAGGGUCACACACCUCUCUGAGCCCUGUGUACCUCAUCUGUACAGUGGGGUUUACAGUUGUACUACCUCCAAGGGUUACCUUGGGGAUCUAGUGUGAUGAAAUGUGCAAAAGACUAGGCAGGUGCCUGGGACUUGGAAAGUGCUCAAUAAAGUUUUUAUCACUGUGUGUG